GCCACAUCUUGACAUCCGGUUCAAUAUUUUGACAAUAUUUCAUUCAUUAUUUUUAGGUAUGGCAUUACCAAGUUACUCAUCUUUGACACAGUCAAUACAAGAUGCCGUUCUGAAGCUUUGUGCCCAGAAAAUAACAUUCAACAAGUCGCUAGAGAUAGAUGGCAUCAUUUGUGUUUCUCCCGGAGACGAUUAUCAGGAAAUUGUCGUUAAAAUGCAUCGAACAAUUAUUAAACCAAAAGAUGACCAAACUAAACUUCAAUCAUCUGAGAUGUUAAAUUGGUCCGCAAUAGGCUGUAAUGAAAAUGAGACCUUUGGUUAUUAUUCAAGUAAUCAAAAAAAGCCAAAUUUAUCACAGACGUGUGUAAGGCAUCCAUGUCCUGCACCUCCAACUAGAUCAAUAAGACUCUCAAGCCCUAAGCUUACAAAUGCCAGUCAAUUCACUGGAGAAUGGACGGACAGUCCUUUGCCAGUUGCAACUCAGGAAACACCAGGAGGAUUAAAAAUUAAAGCAUUUGUUCCAUGUUCAGCAGAUGACCCAACAUCACCUGAGAGAUUGAACAAAGUGCCAGAAAUAGAAGCUUCAAGAAGUCCAGUUACCAUUAAGAGAAAACUUUUAGAAUUUGACAACAUCACCAAAGAGUCUCCUGAACAUUCUUUAAGCAAACAAAUUAAGUUUGAUUCAACUCCUGAUGAGGAGACAGACAUUGUGAAAGUGAAGCAAGAGCACAUUGCUUUAGAGCUGGAUGAGGAUGAAGAGAUAGGGGGAUACCAGGGAGAUUCAACUGCAGAGACAACCUGGAUGGGAGACAAUAUAUCACAAAACUCAACAGAUAAUCAAACAGAUCAAAGUUCAGAAUAUGGUGAAUACACGCCGCACCCCAGUUUCUACCAGGAACAAAUCAACAGUCUUCUUCCUUCCUCCAUGAACAUUAAGAAUCAAACAUCCAGCGAAUCAACAAUAAACACUAAGGAUCAAAUAACAAGUCAAUCAACUAUGAGCACCAAAAUUGACCAGAAACAAUUCAAGCUCAUUCCUGCCAAUGAUACAGUGAUUCCAAUCCCCAUAGGAGCCUCAAAUCACGUACUUCCAAGUGUUGCACUUCCAAUGGGGGCCUCUGAGAUAAUCAACACUAAGGACCCACUAAGCAGAAAAUCCAAAGCCUCUGAGGUGAAAUAUAAGUGUCAGUUAUGCCAUAGAGUCCUGUGUGGGAGUACAGCAUUUAAAAGACACUACCAGAUCCAUACUGGAGAAAAACCUUUUAAUUGUUCAUUCUGUGAUAAGUCAUUCCGAUUGAAACAUCACAUGAAGCAUCAUAUGGAACAAGUGCAUAGACACUUGGAGGGAACCCCUAAUGAAGACACCACAGUGGCAAUUGUCUCACCACAUGUUAAACUAGAACAACUGAAUGACAGCUAGGAGGAACCCCAAGUACUACAGGGACUCAACACAUCUAGUAUUACAACAAACAAGUCACUGGCCAUUAGAAACAAAUUGCACAAGCCAAGGAACUAUAAAUGCGAAACUUGUUGGAAAGCAUUUACAAAGAGCAGCCACCUGAAGUAUCAUAUGAACAUCCACACUGGCGAAACACCUUACAAAUGUACAAUGUGUGAUAAAGCAUAUCCUCAACCAGGCAACCUGUUGCAGCAUAAGAAAAAACACCACUUCAUCACAUUCUAGUUUUAGAGUCAACAUCAUCUAAUCUAUAGCAUUUUUCCGUCAUGUAGUGAUAGAACUAAUGACUCUAAUGGCAAUAGACACCCCUGAGGUCACUUAAAGGAUAAGUAUCGAUAUGGUGAACUUUUUGAACACACAUUUUUCUUAAACCAGUCAUCACAAAAUUCUGAAAAUUUUACACAUCGUCAAUUUAAUGAUCAUCUUUUGUCCUUUUCUUUAUAUUGUUUUAGAAAACACAUCAGACACUUUUGUUCUGGUAUCAUAUGUU